AUGGCGGAAGACGGCGCGCGUCCGCGCGUGAGCCACCCGCCGCGGCCGUCAUCGCGCGAUAGCUCGAACGGCCCGUGUCGAUACGACGACGACGACGACGCGGACGCGCCCGUUCGCCCCAUUCGCGACGACGAAGAGAACGCCAGCGAAUGGGAUCUCGUCUCGAACCGCGUCCUCACCGCGCUCGUGAGCGGCGACGCGAGCAACAGGCACCCGCGCGAGCUCAAGGCGAGGACGCUGCGACGGACCCUCGACGCGUACAAGGACGAGAACGACUCCCUGGGCGAGGCCCUGAUGUCCAUGAAAGCCGCGCUGCAGGCGGCGAACGAGGAGAAGACGAAAGCGAUUAAAGCGCGCGACGUCGCCGUGAGCGCGGGGGAGUCGCUCAGAGAGACCUUGGAGCGAAACGCGGACGCGACCGGCGCGCUCGCGAGGGCGAACGACGAGCUGAAGAGCUUGAAAAAACAGCUCGCGGACGUGGAGCAGCUCGCGUGCGACUUGCGAGACGACCUGCAAGUCGCGGAGAACGCGAGGGAUCACUUCGAGAGAAAAGCCGCGGACGCGCUCGCCGCCGUCGCCGCGGCGACGCACGAGAACGAGGCCGCGGCGGAACUUCGAGACCGCGUGCAAGACCUGGAGAGGUACGCGACCGUGCACGCCGCGCAGGCGGGGAUCGUCCAAGGCCUCGAGGUUGUCCUCGCGGAAGCUCGCGAAGCCGCCGCGAGCGCCAACGCGGAUCGAGAAUCUCAGGCGGCGCUGUGGAGGGAACGACUGAAACGCGCGGAGAAGGACCAUCUCGCGGAGCUGUCGCGCCUGAGAGCGCGCGUCGCGGACGCGGAGAACGGGUUAGACGCGAAGCGCGCGGAGCUCAAGAACGAGAUCGAGCGGCGGCACGCGCUCGAGACGAGGCUCGCGGACGCGUUGAAGCGCGAGCGGCGAACGAAAGCGGAUCAACACGGCGCCGCGGAGAGCUUGCGUCUGAUGGCUCAGCACGAGCACGUGCUCAGAGAGGCUGCGCGGACGAACGGGGAGACGAUCGCACGCAUGCGCGACGACGCCGCGACGGCCGCGGCGAGAUGCGAGCGCGCGACCGAGCACGUGGCUUUGCUCACGCGCGAGGUCGCGGCGUCGACGGCGCGCGCGGAAGCCGCCGAGGCGGAGGCGGAGGCGGCGAGGGAAGAGGCGAGAAACGCGUGGGCGGGGAGGGUGGGCGUGAGCGGAUACGACGCCGCGCGACGCGCGGGACGAGGCGUCGCCGUGGACGCGGACCCGGACGUCCCGCUGCUCGUCGCCGCGGCCGUGAGGGUCGGCGAGAGCAGCCCGAACUCGUUCGCGGCGGGCAUGCGCGUCGGCGUCGGCGGCGGCGGCGGCGCGCGCGGCGACGGAUCCCCCGCGUCCGAGGCGACGUCGAGCUCGACGUCGUGUUCCCCUCCCGGCGGCGGCGAAGGGUUCGUCCGUGGGCGGUGGAUCGAGUCCGUCGGCCCGGAAGUCGCGGAGGAGCUCGUGCACGCGCUCGCGAGGGAGGUUGCGGAGUCGCGGGCGAGGGAGACGGCGCGCGGGGAGGAGCUCCUUCGCGCGCGGGAGUCUCGGAACGACGCGCAGCGGGCUCUGCUCGCGGAGGUGCACCGCGUGCACGAGCUCGAGCGCAUGCGCGUGUGCGACGUCAGAGAGCUCCAGGCGGCGGAGCAGCGCGCGAGGAACGCGACCGCGGCGGUGCUCGGGAUGAGGGACCAGCUCGCCGGCGUCGUCGGAGAAAAAGCGCGUCGGCGCGGGCUCGGCGACGGCGACGACGGCGGCGGCGACGACGGCGGCGACGACGGCGAGAACGGGCGCGGCGCGGGCGAUGGAGGGGAGGCGCUCGGUCCCGGCGUGGAUGACGACGCGGACGACGCGCCGACCCUGGGAGACGUGAACGUCGCCGGGGCGCCAGACCCGAUGGAGGGGUUCGGUCGCGACCCGCCGCCGCCGUUGCGAAGGCUGUAUCGAAGCUCGAUCGAGCGUCAGCCGCCGCCGCCGCGACUGCCGGUGUUUUCCGUGUUCUAG